CCCCCCCUCUCUUCUUCUUCUGCUUAGCUGAAGCGGCGGCGGGUCGCGGGCUGAGGCGAGGUGGGCGCGGGUCUCCGCCAACUAUGGACCUGGAGGCGUCCGACGAGACGGGCUCCACUGGAGGAGCCGAGGCGGGAGCCGGAGCCGUCACCCCCGAAGCGGGCGGUUGGGGUGCGCCGCCGGACUCGGCUGCAGGAGGAGGGCUGGCUUUGAAGAAGGCAGUUCUAACAGAGCCACCAUCGCUGACAGGGCAGCCGGGAGCCAGCCAGGGGAAAAAGAUAGGCCACCGAGGAGUUGACGCAUCAGGGGAAACGACGUACAAGAAGACCACAUCAACCACGCUGAAGGGGGCAAUCCAGCUGGGGAUUGGCUACACUGUGGGAAACCUGAGCUCUAAACCUGAGAGGGAUGUUUUGAUGCAAGAUUUCUACGUAGUGGAGAGCAUUUUCUUUCCCAGUGAAGGCAGUAAUCUCACUCCAGCGCACCACUAUCCCGACUUCAGAUUCAAAACAUACGCGCCCGUCGCUUUCCGCUAUUUUCGAGAACUUUUCGGCAUUCGUCCAGAUGAUUAUUUGUAUUCCUUGUGCAACGAGCCGCUGAUCGAGCUCUCCAAUCCUGGGGCCAGCGGCUCCCUCUUCUACGUCACCAGCGACGAUGAAUUCAUCAUCAAGACUGUGAUGCACAAAGAGGCAGAAUUCCUCCAGAAACUUCUUCCGGGUUAUUAUAUGAACCUGAACCAGAAUCCACGGACGUUGCUGCCCAAGUUCUACGGUCUCUACUGCGUCCAGUCUGGGGGCAAAAACAUCCGUGUGGUGGUGAUGAAUAACAUCCUGCCCCGGGUGGUGAAGAUGCACCUGAAAUACGACCUCAAAGGCUCCACCUACAAACGCCGGGCGUCUAAGAAAGAGAAGGACAAGUCGAGCCCCACCUACAAAGAUUUGGACUUCAUGCAGGAUAUGCCCGAGGGCAUCAUGCUGGACGCAGAUACAUUCAACGCUCUGGUGAAGACACUGCAGAGGGACUGUUUGGUGCUGGAGAGUUUCAAAAUCAUGGAUUACAGCCUGCUCCUUGGGGUGCACAACAUAGACCAGCUGGAACGGGAACGACAGGUUGACGGUGCCCAAAGCCUGUCUGAUGAAAAACGCCCCGUGGGACAGAAGGCUCUGUAUUCCACCGCCAUGGAGUCGAUCCAGGGCGGGGCUGCUCGAGGGGAACCCAUUGACACGGAUGACACAAUGGGGGGUAUUCCAGCAGUGAAUGGCAAAGGAGAGCACCUGCUACUGCAUGUUGGGAUCAUUGAUAUCCUCCAGUCCUACAGGUUAAUCAAGAAACUGGAGCACACGUGGAAAGCUCUCGUCCAUGAUGGGGACACGGUGUCAGUCCACAGGCCCAGCUUCUAUGCCGAAAGGUUCUUCAAGUUUAUGACCAAUACAGUAUUCAGGAAAAGCUCUUCCCUGAAAGCAUCUCCCUCAAAGAAAGGACGGAGUGCCUUGUUAGCCGUUAAGCCAUCCGGCCCCAUGGCUGCGUUCUCUGCCAGCCAGAUCCCUUCGGAGAAGGACGAAGUGCAGUAUGACCUCCGGGGAGCCAGGAGUUACCCCACCUUAGAUGAUGAAGGUGCUAAAGUUAACCACGACAGGGGGGAAGGCCGGCCCGAUCUUCUUCCCUGCACCCCUCCCUCUUUCGAAGAAGCAACCACUGCCUCUAUAGCAACCACGCUCUCUUCCACAUCUCUUUCCGUGCCAGAAAGAUCUCCUUCUGAAUCCUCAGAGCAGCCCAGAUACAGGCGGCGCACACAGUCCUCAGGACACGAAGGAAGGACUCGCGAACAGGCCCGAGCGGAAGAUGACCUCCAGCAGAUAACCGUGGAGCUCAAGCCGAAGUGUGAUAUUGAGAUUGUGGUGCCCGAUGUGGCUGCUGCAGGAGAGGCCGCGUCCUUAGCGUGUGCCACCAUGUUGUCGGCAGCAGCGGCGGCAGAGAUCGAGACAGCGAGCCAGGCCUCUGAACCUGCCAGCCAAGCUUCGGACGAAGAGGAGCUCCCGAUCCCGGAUAUCUAUUUUUAACUUCUAUGCAAACUCCUUGAGAGAAACGUUCCUCCUGGCGCUGUUUGCGGCAUUCCCUUCCGAUGUUCCUUGCAGCUUUUCAGAGGGAAGGCGUGGAAGAAUGUUGUGCAUCAACAUCGGCUGUCCUUCAGCAUCCCAGCGUUACCCGGAAAGACAAAGCAAAACCACCCCGAGUCCCACCUCCUUCCUCCCACCAUCCUUUCUCCAAAAACGUGUAUAUUAAUACCUUUCCAAGCAGUUCCCCACAAACUGACCUUGGCCCCAGAGACAUCAGAGGUCGGAAGGAAUUCGAUCCUGGGUCGCCACCUCUCUAUUUCUCUCUCUCUUUCUCUAUUUAUUCCCAAAGUGCACUACUGUAGCUCUCUUAUCUGUAUGUGAUACUGUGAACAUUUUUUUUAAAAAAAAUCAUGUAUUUAUUUUGUUUCUCUUUGCACAAACAGCACGCUUGUGCUUUUGUUUUGUUUUUGGUUUUUUUUUCAAAAAUAGUUUUAUUGCACUUUUAGGGUGUAGGGGAGAAGGCCUUGUUACAGAUGUUGAUCGCCUCUGGCGAUAGAGUUUAGAAGAAGAAGCGGCCUCUGAGCUGAGAGGCAGCAGGGCAGGAAAGGCUGGCAGAGCUGUGGAGCUGGUUAGAAAAGUGUCUAUCAAAUGCCAUUUCGGGUUGAUCACUCGGUGGCCCCCACUUCAGUUUGUCAGCAAGAAAAAAAGGCUGAAAUCCCAGCCGGCUCUUGAAGAUUUCCACUGAAACAGGCCAUGGAACCUGCCCGAAGCUUCCUUGGUAUCUAUUUGAGUGGGAUUUUUUCCUCCCAGUUGAAUGUACAUCGUCCCUCAUGCCCGCCAUCUUUGUUGGAGAAGGUGGCCGAACCCAUCUCAGUUCCAUGCGAAGCUAUGCUUGGUAGCAUCUUCAGGUUGAUUCUACAGCAGCCUCCUUUGGGCCGAGCACUGGAUUUCUGGAAACCUCACAUUGGAGGCUUCUUCCUGGCUUCUCUUCCUGCUGCGCCCAGCGAAGAAGCUCGGUCAACUUAAGCCAUAAGAGGCGCCAAGCUAAAAAGGCUGUGAGGUCGUCAAGAUUGGAGAGAAGCACCCCGGGAAGGCUUGCAGGGGAUAAAAAGCACCGGGAGGAGGUCUUGGCAACGUUUGAAGAAGCUGGGCUCUGUUCUAAGGGCCGUGAAGCAGCUCCCACUUCGGAGAGUAGCACCAGAGGACUCGCUUGCGGCCCCUCAGGAUCACGCUGUCCGUCGUGCAGGGCACCGUUCUAAAUACGGAGAGGGCAAGAAUGAACGCGGUUGUAGGCAGGAAAGGCAGCAGAGAAACAUCUAUCCCGUGUGGAAACCUCCUUUCGGGGAAGCGGAUGGAAAAAAAAAUAAUGGCGUCUUCCAGAGCCGCAGCUGCUGGAGGAUUUCUACAGUUAUGACAGUAUUUUCUUCUGGGAUGGCACAAAA